AUGGCGGCGGCCUUGACUGGGCUCAGACUCCGCUCAGUCAAGCAGGUUCGGGUUCAGUUCUGUUCCUUUGAGAAGAACAUGGAAUCGACGAGGACCUUCCACCAGGUGGUGAGCAGCGAGAAAGUUCGCUGCACGAACCUCAACUGCUCAGUGAUUGUAGACGUGAGGACAGCGCGCUCCUCAGCGCCCACCCCGCCCGGGAAAGGCUCGCUGCCUUCGCCUCCCACAUCCAGGCCAAGGGGAGGCGGGGAGCAGGGACGAACAGCACAGAAAAAACCAGCAAACAGAUUUUAA